UUUAUUUACAUACUUAUUUUUUUUGUUUUUUUAAUAACAAUUAAAUAAAAAUAAAAUUAAUAUCUUUGACUUGUUGAUAAAAAGUAAACAUGGAAGAGAGCCAUGUUAAUAAUUUCGCGUUGUGCUAUGAAAAUAAUCACUUGAGCUACUGUGGUCAAGAUUGCAACAAGAUACCCACUGCACUACAGAAAAUGUAUGGAUCUAAAGUAAAAUACUUGGAUUUAAGCUACAACAGUAUCGAAACUCUAAAGGGCUUGGAGCAGUUCAACAGAUUAGAGGAACUGAUACUGGACAACAAUAAAUUAGGGGACAACAUUACUUUCCCUCACCUGCCGUAUUUGAGGACACUAUCGCUCAAUAACAAUCAGAUUACCGAUCUAGAUAUGUUGAUUAAUAAAGUAAAUGAACAUUUUCCAUCCCUGAACUACCUAAGUCUACUUAGUAACAAAGCCUGUCCGAAUCAACUUUCAGACUUGGACAAAGACGAUUCCGAUUAUCAGCGAUAUAGGUAUUUUGUAAUACACAAAUUGCCUCAACUACGAUUUUUGGAUUCCCGUCGUGUGUCGUCAAGUGAAUGGAGGGAAGCUGCGACACGAGGGGAGUUUAUGCGAGUGAGGCGUCCUCCAGACGAUGUAAUAGAUACUCCCGAGAGACAGUUAGCUCAGACACAAACACUCAGACCGCUGCCGGUCGACUUUGCAGCGUUGGGCAAACACAAAGGUGCCUACGGUAAAAUUCAUUACAAAUACACCGGCAAGCAUUCUGAGGGCAAUAGGUUUAUAGUGAACAGCGAUUUGUGAAUAAAAAAAUUUAUUAUUAUAUGGAAUAAUUACAUAAAAGGCUGAAUAAAAUAAAAGACACGGCGUCUUAUCUAUCUAGAAUUUUUAUCUAUGUUAUAUUAAUCUGUGUUCAGGUAAUGUAAUAUCAUUAAUUAAUAUAAUAUGUUAGAUAUAUUGUAUAU